AUGUACAUGCAGCUGCAGGCUCCAGGGGCUGCUCUGCUUGUCCGCUCUGCUUUGCGGGAUCAAGCCUCUCGGCUGGGGGUUCCAGUGGCAGUGCUGUCCAGCCACACGGUGGCCUCCAGCUUUGUGCAGAUCUGUGAGGCGCACGCGGAGCCCUCACGUGGGGUGCUGCUAGACCCAGAGCAAAGAAAGAAACUGUCUUCCUUGUUAGAGAUCACUGGGCAUUUAUUAGCACACAGUAUGUUCUCCCGUCUCGCCUUCUGUCAAGAAUUGUGGAAAGUACAGGAUUCUUUGUUGUUGGAAGCUGUGUGGCAGCUUCAAAUACAAAACAUUGUGAGCCUCCAGGAGCUACUGGAAAGCCACUCGGACAUGCAGGCGGUGGUGGCGUGGCUCUUCAGGAACCUGCGCUGUCUGUGUGAGCAGACAGAAGACACCUGUCAGCACGUCGACACCACCAGGGCUAUACUCUCUGAUUUUGUGCAAAUGUUUGUUUUGAGGGGAUUUCAGAAAAUCUCAGGUCCGAGAAGAAAUGUGGAGGCUGAACAGAUGCCCCAGAUUGCUGUGGCCGUGUUGCAGAGAAUGCUGCUCUUUGCACUUGAAACCUUGGCUGCUGGCGUGCAGGAGGAGUCCUCAGCGCACAAGGCCGUGAGGUGCUGGUUCAGUGGAUUCAGUGGACACACAUUCCGCAGUAUAAUUUCAACAGAUUCUCCAAAGAGGUUCUCCAGGCACACGCUGACUCAGAUACUCACUCACCAGCCGGUGCUGAAAGUCUCUGAUGCCGUUCAAAUGCAAAGGGACUGGAGCUUCGCCAGGACCCACCCUCUGCUCACCGGCCUGUACCGCAGGCUCUUCGUGCUCCUGAGUCCUGAGGAGCUGCUGGGCCACUUACAAGAAGUUCUGGAGACGCAUGAGGUGAACUGGCAGCACGUGCUGCCCUGUGUGUCCACAAUGGUGAUCUGCUUCCCUGGAGCCCAGCGGCUGGUGACCGAUUGGGUAACCUGCUUGCUGGCCCGUGCGUUUGAGAGCUUCGACCUGGACUGCAUGGUCACUGUGUUCCUGGUUGUGCGUCAGGCUGCGCUGGAGGGCCCCUCCGUGUUCCCUUCUUAUGCAGACUGGUUCCAGGCCGCCUUUGGGAGCUCGAGGGGCCAUCACUGUGGCAGCAAGAAGGCACUGGUCUUCCUCUUCAAGUUCCUGUCUGACCUUGUGCCCUUUGAGGCCCCCCGGUACCUGCAGGUGCAUAUUCUCCACCCGCCCCUGGUCCCCAGCAAGUACUGCUCCCUCCUCACAGACUACAUCUCGCUGGCCAAGACACGGCUGGCCGACCUGAAGGUUUCUGUGGAGAACAUGGGGCUCUAUGAGGAUUUGUCUACAGCCAGGGACGUCACAGAGCCCCACAGCCAGGCAUCCCAGGAUGUGGAGAAGGCACUCCAGGUGUUUGAACACACAGGGAAAAUUCCCGUUGCCGUCAUGGAGGCCAGCAUAUUCAGGAGGCCCUACUAUGUCUCUCACUUUCUGCCCGCCCUGCUCACGCCUCGAGUGAUCCCGAGUGCCCCUGACUCCCGGGUGGCUUUCAUCGAGUCCCUGAAGAGAGCAGAUAAAAUCCCCUCGUCUCUGUAUGCCACCUACCGCCAAGCCUGCUCUGCUGCUGGAGAGAAGAAACCGACAAAUGCAGCCCUGGGAAUGGAGGUGGAGGCGGAACCUGGCUGUGUGGAAGGCUCCUUGGGACUGCUCACAGCUGCACUUCAAGAGCUCCGGGCCGCCAUGACAGACCCCGCCCAGUAUGAUGUUUUGUCUGCUCAGAUUGCGGUGGUUUCUGAAAGGCUGCACUCUGCCCUGGGCCUCAGUGAGGACGAUGGCAGCUCCAAGGUCUCAAAGAUCCAGCUCAGUGCUCUUGCUCCCAAACUGGAGCAGUGGGAGCAGCAGGUCGUGGAUCUUCUGCUGACCUCUUUCUGUCAGAACCUAAUGGCAGCCUCCAGCUUUGCCCCACCGGACAGGCAGGGCUCCUGGGCGGCCCGCUUUGUGACGACCACAUGUGGACGCUUGCUCCUCCCCGCUGUGCUCACCAGGCUCUGCCAGCUCCUCCGUCACCAGGGCCCGAGCCUGAGUGCCUCGCACGUGCUGGGGUUGGCUGCCCUGGCCGUCCACCUCGGCGAGUCCAGGUCUGCGCUCCCGGAGGUUCACAUGGGCCCUCCUGUCCCUGCCAGGGGCCUCUCCAUCCCUGAGUUCUUCAGCAGCCUUCUGACGUGCAGGUACAAGGAGUCCUCACUCUUCUGCCUCAAAUUCUGUACCGCGACAAUUUCUUACGCUUUGUGUAAGUUUUCUCCCCAGUCAUGUGAUGCUUGGUACAGCUGUUUAUCUCCAGGCCUAAUAAAAAAGUUUCAGUUCAUUGUGCUCAGAUUGUUCUCAGAAGCCCGAUACCCUCUCUCUGUGGAGGACACAGCCAGCCUUCGCUGGAGGCCCUUGUGCCUGCCGUCUGCAGACUGGCAGCAAGCUGCCCUCUGUCUGUGGAGACAGAGGGCCUUCCGGGAACUACUGAAGGAGAAGGAGUUUCAUUUAACUUACAGAGACUGGGUGCAGCUGGAGCUGGAGACUCACCCAGAAGUGGACUCUCUCUCAGACAUAGAAAGGCGGGACUUCCACCAGUGGGCCAUCCAUGAGCAUUUCGUCCCCAUGCCCACCGCUGCAGGGGGCUGCGAUGGAGACCUGGAGACAGCGUGCACCGUCCUUGUCAACGUUCUGAUGGACUUCUGUCAAAGUUCAAGGAGUUGUGACCACUCAGAGAAUUCUGAUUUGGUUCUUGGUGGCUACAUGGGAAAUCGAGAUAUUUUUUCAAGAUUGCAGGAGAUGGCUGCUGACCUGGAACAGGGCCCAGUGGUGCCCCACGGCCGUGCUCCAUCUCGGGGACACUUCCUCUUCAGGAUUUUCCGCAGCCGGCUCCAGGCUCUGGCAGGCGGGUGGGACACGGCUUCCCGCCUUCAGAGACAGCGGGAGCUACUCAUGUACAAAAGAAUCCUCCUCGGACUCCCUCCGUCUGUCCUUGUCGGCAACCCCCGGGCAGAACAACCAGCCACCCCUGACUGCACUGAGUUCUUCCACUUGGUCAACUCUGAGCUGAGAAACUUGGGUUCCCACGGAGGUGCCCUGACGCACGACGUUACCGUCCACUUCUUCAGGGGGCUCCUCCAGGCCUGCUCACGAAGCAGAGACCCCACCCUGACAGCCAACCAGAUCCUGACCGUCUGUCAGACCGAGUGCCCCUUGGUUUUAACCUCUGCUCUGUUGUGGUGGCUGCGCCUAGAGCCUGAGCUUCUCUGUCGGUGGAGGUGCUUCCAGAGCCCGCUGCCCCGAGAGCUGCAGAGGCUGCGUGACGCCUGGCAGUUUGCCAGUAGCCUCCUGUCCCCCGACACAGAGUCCCCUGACACAGUGUCCCCCACCUCGGGCCCGGCCUGGGUCUCUGCUGCUGCGCUGCACUUUACGAUUCAACAAGCUGGGAAAGGGAGUCUGAGGAGAGGCCUGGAGAGGCUGCGCUGCCCCACGGAGGAGCUGCUGGCCGUCCUGUUUUUCUUUUCCUUGAUGGGCCUGCUGUCGACAUACCUGACCCCGCACGCUGGCAACUGCCUGACGGCUUUGGACGUUUGUGCCGAGAUCUUGGGGUGUUUGGAGAAGAGGAAGGUGCCCUGGCUGCCGCUCUUUCGGUUGACAGAGACAGAUGCCGGCCUGGGUCACCUCCUCCUCCUCCUGGCCCCGGACCAGCAUGUCAGGCUGCUGCCAGUCGCCUUCUACAGCCUCCUCCCCUACUUUGACGAAGACGCCCUCACCCAGGAUGCUGCCUUCCUGCACACUGCAGUGGACAUGUAUCUCAAGCUGCUUGGCCUCUUCGUAGCCGGGGAGACAGGUGUACUCGCGACUCUGGCCAGCAGGACCCAGGAGCUCCAGGGCCAGGGCUGCCCUGUCGGCCUGAUAACAAAAGCUCGUCUUUUUCUGCUGCAAUCAAUACCUCGGUGCUCCAGAAAGAGCUUCUCUAACAUGGCAGAGCUGCUGGCCACUCGUGGAGACUGUGACCCCGAAGUGAGUGCUGCCCUCCUGAGCAGGCAGCGGGACGUGUGGGACACUGGCCUCUCCCAGGAGCCCUGCCUCUUCUGA